CAAUCCCGUGAGACAAGAUGGCUGAAUCUUUUUUUUCUGACUUUGGCUUGCUGUGGUACCUGAAAGAGCUCAAAAAGGAAGAAUUCUGGAAGUUUAAGGAGCUCCUCAAGGAAGCGCCUCAGAAAUUUGAACUCAAGCCCAUCCCAUGGACGGAGCUCAAGAAGGCUUCAAGAGAGAACCUAUCAAGCUUACUGGGCAAGCAUUACCCGGAAAAACUGGUGUGGGAAGUGACGCUGAGCCUGUUUCUGCAGAUCAGCCGGAAGGAUCUCUGGACGAAGGCUCAGGAAGAGAUCAGACACAAGCUAAACCCAUAUAGAAAUCACAUGAAGAAAAAAUUCCAACUCAUAUGGGAAAAGCAAACGUGCCUUCACGUUCCUGAGGAUUUCUACAAAGAAACGAUACUGAACGAGUAUGAACAACUCAUGGCUGUCUACCUUACUGCAGAUGAGGCUGGAGAGUGCUCACCCACUGUGGUCUUGCAAGGUCCUGAAGGGAUUGGAAAAACGACGCUUUUGAGAAGAGUGAUGCUGGACUGGGCAGAGGGACUUCUAUGGAAGGACAGAUUCUCCUUUGUCUUCUUCCUCAAUGGCAGUGAAAUGAACAAAAUAACAGAGACCAGCCUCGUGGAACUUCUCUCCAAGGACUGGCCUGAUGCUUCAGAGCCGAUCGAGGACAUUUUUUCACAGCCAAGGAAAAUCCUGCUCAUCAUAGAUGGCUUGGAGGAAAUGGAAUGUGUGCUGACGCUUGGAGACAGCCUGGCCAGUGACUGGGAGCAGCGGCAGGCGAUACACUGUAUCCUGAGCAGUUUGCUGCAGAAGAAGAUGCUCCCAGAGUUUUCUCUGCUUAUCGCACUAGGAAAGAUGGGGAUGAGAAAAUACAGCAUGUUUUUGGAGCAGACAAGAUGUAUCUUUCUCACAGGAUUCUCUGAACGCCAAAAGAAGCUGUAUUUCUCCUAUUACUUCCACGAGGACAAUAAAUCCCUUCGAGCCUUCAGUCUUGUGAGAGAGAAGAUACCGCUGUUGGCCUUGUGCCAAAGUCCCUUCGUGUGUUGGCUGGUCUGCACUUGUUUGAAGUGGCAGAUGGAGCGAGGAGAAGACCUUGAGAUUGCCUGUGAGAGCAUCACCUCCUUGUAUGUAUCCUUUCUGAUAAGCGCCUUCAAAUCGGCGGGUGACAACUGUCCAUCCAAGCAGCACAGAGCCCGUCUGAAGAGCUUGUGUACUUUGGCUGCAGAGGGAAUGUGGACUUGCGUGUUUCUGUUUGGUCCCGAGGAUCUCAGAAGGAAUAAGGUGUCAGAAUCCGACACCUUGAUAUGGGUCAACCUGAGACUUCUUCAGAGGAGUGGAGACUACCUUACCUUCAGCCAUCCGUGCAUCCAGGAAUUUUGUGCUGCCCUGUUCUAUCUGUUCAGACGGCCCAAGGACAUGCCUCACCCAGCCAUUGGAAGUGUGACCCAGCUUGUUGCAGCAGCCGUGAAUGAAGCCCGGACCCUCUUGUCCUGGAUGGGGAUAUUCUUGUUUGGAUUUUCAACUGAGAAAACAGUCAACAUGCUGGAGGCAUCCUUUGGUUUCCCACUGUCCAGAGAGAUCAGGCAGGAAAUAACCCAAAGCCUUGAAACCUUAAGUCAAUGUGAACCUAUUGAGGAUGUGGUGGCUUUUGAAGAACUGUUCAAUUGUUUGUUUGAGGCCCGGGAACAAGAUUUUGUGGCCCAAGUGAUGAAUUUAUUUGACGAUGUUAACAUUUAUAUUGGGAGCUUAGAACAAUUGGUAGUCUCUUCCUUCUGUCUAAAACAUAGCAGCAACUUGAAGAAAUUUCACCUGUGUGUAGAAAACAUUUUUUCAGAGGAAUCUGGAUCCAUCUCAAUCGACGUCGAGAAGCUCUCCUUCUGGCGAGAUUUCUGCUCGGCGCUCACCACCAGCGAGAACUUCGAGUUGCUCGAUUUGGACUCCUGUCAGUUCAACAAGGCCUCCCUGGGGAUUCUCUGUAAGAUGCUGGCACAGCCCACUUGUAAACUCCAGAAGUUUGUGUAUAAUUUUGCAUCGGACAUUGCAAGUAGCCUCGACUUCUUUAAGGUCGUCCUGCAUAAUCCUCACAUGAAAUACCUGAACCUGUACGGCACCAGCCUCUCCAGUAUGGAUGUCAGACGGCUGUGUGAGGCGCUGAGACACCCGAUGUGCAGCAUAGAAUCACUGGUGCUGGGAAAGUGUGACAUCACAGAGGACUCUUGCGAAGACCUCGCCUCUGUCCUCGUCCACAACAAGAAGCUGAGGCUUGUCUCCUUGGUAGACAAUGCCCUGAAAGACCAAGGAGUGAUGGUGCUGUGUGAGGCCCUGAAGAACCCGGACUGCGCGCUGGAGACACUGCUGUUGAUGCAUUCUUGCCUCACCUCUGUGGCUUGUGACCACAUCUCCCAAGCCCUCCUGUGCAACAGCUCCCUGGUUCUUCUUGAUUUGGGGUUAACGUACCUAGAAGACGAUGGUGUGAAAUCCCUGUGUCAAGUAUUGAAACACCCAGACUGCAGCUUACAGCACUUGUGGUUGAUGGGUUGUUACCUCACUUCCGUUUGCUGUGCAGACUUGGCUGCUGUUCUCACUCAAAAUGAAAAACUGAAGACCCUGAAGCUCGGCAGCAAUAAACUCUAUGAUGCUGGUGCCAAACAGUUGUGUGAGGCUUUGAAGCAUCCUCACUGUAAACUCGAGAAUCUUGGGUUGGAAAUGUGUGAUCUCACCAGUGCCUGCUGUGAGGACCUGGCCUCGGCGCUCACCAUCUGCAGGUCGCUGAGAACCUUGAACCUGGAAUGGAUUAAAUUGGACGUUGAUGGGGCAGUGCUGCUGUGUGAUGCUUUAACCCACCCGGAAUGUGGUCUGCAGAGACUGGGCCUGAACAAAUGUUCCUAUGAUGAGGAAAUUCAGGUGCUGCUGACAGAGGCGGGAAAAAACAACCCCCACCUGACCGUGUCACACAACCUGUGGACUGAUGAGCAUGGGAAGAUCCGUGGGAUUACUAUCUAAGGGGGACACCCUGAAGGAAUCUCCUCCCAAAGACUGCGGCUCAGUUGCCAUGGGCAUCUCUCCCGACACACCCUGGCCUGCAAAUUCCACGGCAUGGCCAUGGGGGCGGUGGCUUCUGAGCCGUUCCUUCACCGUAAGCCACAGGAUGAGGAGGGAAUGUGCCUCGCCACAUACGGUCUGUAGCUGCCUAACUCCUCUACCCCCACCUUUAAAGUCCCUAUCCUGCCUUGCAGUGU